GAAUGGUCCUGAAAAAUAAAAUUUGUUGGCUUUUGUUGUUGAGUCCGUAAAUAAACAGAGUAAUUUGAAGUUUGGUAAUGGGAAUCCAGUUACAACCUUUCUCAAUCCUUUGAAAAUGGCCUUGACCCAGCCUACCCCGACAGUCCCAAGCCUAAGUACUUCAUCCCCUCCGUCCUCGCCAGGUUCAGCUAUCAGAUGUCUCCGUAUGGCUUCCUCGAUGUCCACCCCGUUUAAACCCAAAGCCAAUAGGGUUCAUCAGUUUACAAAAGAAGUCCAGUCUGACACGCCCAUUAUGAUGGGAAGUCACCAUCCAUUUCCUGGGUCUCGUCCAGUUCAAGUCCUUGAACCCUCUCGCUUUAUUACAAAGCAUGUCUACCUUCUACCCCGAGAGCCUAUGGCUUAUCCUGGUACUCAAAGGUAUGUUCGAUAUCCAAAAGAUUCGGUGGUGCUUCCCAAGAGUUUGGCUUUGCCAUUUUUAGCCAGACAUCGUGAGAUGGUUGGGCCUAGGACCCACAACUUAAUGCCAAUAAGGAGCGCUAGUCCUUAUACAAGUCAAAGAUCACCUAAUCCGGUCACUUCACCUCGAAUUUCCCAAGAGGAACCACGGAAAAAAACUCGGACCAUCUUUACUGACUACCAAUGCCAAUAUUUGAAAUCUGUUUUCAAUAAGAGCCAAUAUCUUACCAAAGAAGCCCGAGCUCAGGUGGCCAAAACCAUCGGUGUUUUGGACAACACCGUGGACGUAAGUGUGGUUCAGGAACCAACGAAGUAAAAUCAAACGAAGAAACAAGCAGAAGGAACGUUCAUUGGUGCAAUCCGAUUCGUCGACCACGAUGACAAUCGAGUUGACAAUUGUCGUGGACAGUGAUGAAAGUUAGUUGUUCUAAUGACACUUUGCCUCGAGCCUCGAGUAACGUGGAGCGAUGGCAAACUCGAAAACCUUUUGAUUUUAGUUAUGGUGAGACCAAAUGAAUACACUUUUGUUCUCAAGGGUAUUCGCAAGCAAGCCAAUAAAAGAAUUUGGUUAAAAAGCAAUCUGCAAUCCUCAAUCUUCAUUUUGUGAAUAUUGGAAACUUCAACCUCCCGAGAAUAAUCUUGCUUGUAAAGAAGUAAAUACUUCGGAAGUGUCCUGCGCCAUGCUCAUUGGCCUUGACAUUUGCCUGUUAAAGACACGACUUGCCUACGGGGGCUCAAGGAGAAAUUUGUCUUACCGACUGCUCAGCACCCUUCUCGGCCCUUCUCCUUCGUUCAAUAGUCUCUUUGAUCAUGUCUCUAUGAGCGUGGAAAUAAAACUCGACGAAUCAUGGUUCAUAUUUUA